AUGGAAAUUAAUCAGGAUAAAAUUCGUAAGCUAACUUUACCUAAAGUCUCCGAUCUAUCCGGUCAAGAUGUACGCCAGGUUAAACGAAUUAAUGCUAGUAAUAAAGGGAUAGAAGAACUUGAUGAUAUAAGUGCCUGCGUGGAAUUAGACUAUUUGGAUCUAUCCAAGAACUCAUUAACUGAUGUAAAAGGCAUAUUUCAUUGUAAAUCGCUGGUGACAUUGAACGUUGGCAGCAAUCAAAUUCAAUCACUGGGUGACAUUUGGAAGCUGAGAAAGUUAUCCAUACUUAAUGCUAGCCAUAACCAUUUAACAAGUACUAUCUUCCUUGAUAAAUUAAAAAAUCUGAAAGUCUUAAUCCUAAAUAACAACAGCAUCUCGCAAUUAACUAAUGUUAUCAAGCUUAAAAUGCUGAAUACAUUGAUCUUGUCUAACAAUCAAAUCGAAGAAAUCGACCUAUCCUCGCUUGUCAAUUUAAGAAAACUCUCUUUAUCUCACAACAAGUUACGCGCUACUCCGGACCUAAAGCAUAACGUAGAAGUCAAGGAUGUUAGAUUAAACGAUAACAAGAUAAUGGCUAUUCGUCAAGAUUUACAUUUAAACUCAAGGCUACAAAUCUUAGAUUUAGGGAAUAACCGACUGAAAAGUACUGAAGAAAUUAAAGUGAUAUUUCAGUUAACGGAAUUGAAAAAUUUAAACAUGAGAGGCAACGCAGUUUGCGAUGACUCCAUCAAUGAGGAAGUAAAUAAAUGA